UUGCAAUCUAACUGGACUCAACAUCUGAUACGGAUGUAUAUUAUUAGCGGAUAUCAACCAUCAAAAACAAAUGCGGACAAAUUAGACACGAGCUUCGUUAGCGAAAUUGAGAUGACUCAACUACAUGUAACUCAACUACAUUGAACACCUGGAGAAUCAAUAAAUAAAGAAUACAAAUACAUCAGGGAUUUUCCGAUACUAAUUCUCUAUGUGAAUUUGAGAUACUGACAUCACGGAUGUAAAGAUUAAUUAAUUGUACUGUCUAUCAACUUCCAUUAACUCGAGCAUAUAUACUCUCAAACCAAACUGAAUUUGAUGUGAGAUACAAUAGAAAAUGAUUUCAUGUUUUAUGAAACUAUUCAUAAACACAAUACAGUUAUAGUAAUUUCAUAUAAAACCACUCUUGGGGAAAUUAUAGUUUUUGGAAAACUGAAGGAAUAUUGUGAAAUAUCUAAUUGAUCCUAAAGUCACAAGAAAAUGGCGAUAACAAAUGUGACGUUUUCAACGAUAGACACCAAUGGCAGUUAUGGACCAAAAAUACAGCCUAUGGAUGACGAUAAUGGCAGUUCCCGUAAUGAAUUCGAUCCAGUGGAUUAUCCUGAUACAGCGAGACUUGUGACAAUUAUAGGUGGCGCUAUUAUACUGCUUGGUGGAUUAUUCUUGAACUCCAUGACAAUAAAGACAAUUUAUAAAACCCCAAAGUUACAUAACGUCACAUACUUGUUCCUGGUCCUACUCAAUGGUAAUGAUAUUGUCUUCUCUGUUUGGUCGAUUACCUUCAUUGUAAUCACAGACAUUUAUAACAAAUGGAUCUUUGGAUCAGGUUUCUGCCAAGCGUUUGCCUUCGUUAAUGGAACAUUGCUCGGACUUGAACUAUUCAUGCUUAUGUUUAUAACAAUGAGCCGUUACAUCAAGGUUGUCCACCCCCAGUAUUUCAAUAUCAUAUUUACGAAGAAGUCAAUCAUGGGUAUGAUUUUAUUUGCGAUUAUAUUCGUCACAGCCUGUUUGCUUCCUCCUUUGACAGGCAUGUGGGGGGAAAUUGAAUAUAUCGCACGUAAGAACAUAUGUAGCUUUAAGGAUAAGAAUGACAAUUAUCAUAUGUUCCUAGAGGGCAUCACAGUAUUGCUUCCACUAACUGUCAUCAUUAUAAGCUACGUCAGAAUAUACAUAGUGGUUCAUAACCAAUCGAAAACUCUUAAACGUCACAGUCUCAUGCCCAAUGGGGACACGAAACGUCCACCUAGUAACACAAUGCUUAAACGUAAAGAACGCCAGCUCACAAAAACACUAGUGGCUCUCGUUGUGACAUUCAUUCUCUCGUACACUCCAUAUUUGGUUGUAGCUGGUGUUGAUAAAGAAAUCCAGUAUCCUAUUUUACAUAGAAUCGCAACCAUAUUGCUAUGGUCGAACUCAUGCUGGAAUAAUGUUGUAUUAGUUGGGAUGAAUUCACAGUUUAGGGAUUAUUGGUUGGCACAAUUGAAAUGUAAGGACGUCCCCGCAGACCACUCCCCAGUCGUGAAAAGGGUCUCCGACUCAACGAACAUUCCACCAGAGUGAGUGUCUAUAAUUGUAAAAAUUCUGAGCUUAGAUGUCAUUAUGGUCACACUAAAUACACAAAUGAGACUGGUCAUUAAAAACUGAUGAAAAUGUUACGGAUGUGAGACGAAUAAUUUCAAAACCUUUCCGAAGACUUGGACUCAGAUGUUAUCUUUGUUACAUUCAAUCAAUCUAAUGUGGAAUUUUCUGAAGACAGUCAAAUUGGAGAUAAAGGUAAAAUAUAGAUAUAUAUAUAUGUAUAUACAGGGCGUUAAAUAAGUACUGAUAAAGGUAAAAUAAAUUUAUAUGUAUAUACAUGUGGAGCAAAAAGAAUGGAUUCAAAAAAAGAAAUAACAAGGUAAAAUAAAAAAACAGUAACACUGAACAAUGGGUUCUUAAUGAAAUUGUGGCAUGAGAUAGAUGUUUAAAAGAGAAAUCAAUGCACUAUUAAGAAAUAUAUAGAUGUACAUUUGUUUGAAAAUUUAUUCAUUGAACUUGUUAAACACUAAUUGAAAUUGUAAAAGCACUCUUUGAGAAUUUGGUUUUUGAUAAAUAUUUCGAUUCCACCGAAGCAAAUAUUUUUGUUUGUUAUUUUUGAAAUAUUUUUCCUAUCUUCAUUUAUUUAUGUUAAACUUAGGGAAAUAUAUGAGGAAAAUCCAAUUAUCCAACAUUUGAUCUUAAUAAUGUGGUUUAUUGUGUCAAAGAAUCAAUAUUCACCUGUCGGGCCGAUUCAAAAGUAAUAGACCAAAU